AUGGUCUUCGCAAAGGAAAAACCUUUACAUUCCCUAAUUGCAGGGACCACUGCUGGAGCUGUCGAAGCAUUCAUAACAUACCCAACAGAGUUUGUCAAGACACGCUCGCAGUUUGAGGGCAAGAAACUGGCACCGUUAGAGAUCGUCCGUGAAACCCUCAAAACUAAAGGAGUCGCCGGUUUAUAUUCCGGAUGCACCGCGCUCGUGUUGGGCAAUGCAGCUAAGGCAGGAGUGAGAUUCGUCAGCUAUGAUCAUUUCAAGAGUCUGCUCGCUGAUGCCGAGGGAAAAGUCAGUGCACCUCGGAGUCUCGUUGCUGGACUUGGAGCAGGCAUGACGGAAGCUAUAUUCGCUGUGACACCGUCAGAAACUAUCAAGACAAAACUUAUCGACGAUGCUAACCGACCGAAUCCUCAAUAUCGUGGACUGAUUCACGGAACUGCAACCAUCGUCCGACAAGAAGGUUUAGCAGGGAUAUAUCGUGGUCUAUUCCCAGUGAUGAUGCGCCAAGGCGCAAACUCCGCUGUCCGAUUCACCACAUACUCCACGUUAAAGCAAUUUGUUCAGGGAACCGCACGCCCAGGUCAAACAUUACCAAGUACCAUAACGUUUGGUAUCGGAGCUAUUGCAGGGCUGGUUACGGUAUAUACCACCAUGCCUCUCGACGUAAUCAAAACCCGAAUGCAAUCGCUCUCCGCCCGUUCCCAAUAUCGCAACUCCUUCCACUGCGCUUAUCGAAUUUUCACUGAGGAGGGCGUUAGGAGAUUUUGGACUGGAACGACGCCAAGGUUGGCCAGGUUAGUAAUGAGCGGUGGUAUUGUGUUUACGGUGUAUGAGAAUGUGAUGAACAUGUUGAAGGCGUUUGGGAGCUAG